CACAUACCGGAAAUGCCUUAUUAGGUUGGGUUACAUGAAUAAUAUUCUUACAAACUUCACCAACAAAGUGUUCAUAUAUCUUUGAUUCGCCGUUAAAUGUAAUUUUGAUUGUAAAGUUGCUGGAGAAAGAAUGGUAUCGACGGUUUGGUUUUUAUGUUUUACAACAAUUUUCUGUUCUCUAAAUCCUAUCGGGAAAUUGAGUGCACAAGAUUUACGAACUGAUACUUUGACGCCUACUCAGGAAAACCCGUGCCUAAAGGAAAAGACCACAACAUGUGGGGAGUGUAUAGCAAUAUCUACCCUGUGUGCAUUCUGUACCGACGCUGAGUAUGAUGCCAAUAAUUAUCCCAGGUGUGACCUGCUGACCACUCAUCAGAAACUCAUCAACAACAAGCCCAGGUGUAAAGACAUCGUCAAUCCGUCAUCAACACUCGUAAAAAGCAAGGAUGACAGAUUGAUUGAUGGCGAUAGGGACAGAUAUGCCGUACAGAUCAGACCCCAGCAAAUCGACCUGGAGUUACGUCCAAAUGACCCUCAGACGUUUAAUCUGACGUUCCGAUUGGCUGAGAACUAUCCAGUCGACCUCUACUACCUUAUGGACCUCUCAAACUCCAUGGCAGACGACAAAGAAAAACUGGCCAGUCUUGGAGUCAAGAUAGCUGAAGACAUGAGCACCAUCACUAAGAACUUCAAGCUGGGUUUUGGUUCCUUUGUGGACAAGGUUGUCAUGCCCUACGUCAGUACAGCCCCAAAUAAAAUUAACAGUCCUUGUCCAGGUUGUGAGAAGGCCUAUGGAUUUAGAAACGUUCACCCACUGGACCCAAAUGCAACACUGUUCAGGGACAAAGUCAAUGCAGCCAAGGUAUCUGGUAACCUUGAUGCUCCCGAGGGUGGGUUCGACGCCAUCAUGCAGGCCAUAGCUUGUGAGACAGAGAUUGGGUGGAGGAACCGAUCCAGAAGAAUGUUGCUGUUCUCCACAGACGCUGGAUUUCAUUACGCUGGGGACGGAAAACUUGGAGGCAUCAUUCAACCCAAUGAUGGAAACUGUCAUCUUAGUCCUGACGGAAUGUACACAGAAAGUUCUAAUCAGGACUACCCCUCUAUUAGUCAAGUCGCGGUGAAAGCCAAGGAAAAGAAUGUCAACAUCAUUUUCGCCGUCACCAACGAUCAAAAGAACAUUUAUGAUCAGCUCAAGCCAAUCAUUGCGGGAUCGGAAACGGGAGUUUUGGCGUCAGACUCACAGAACGUUGUCAAGCUAGUCCGAGACAACUAUUUGGCCAUCACAUCAAAAGUAGAAAUGAUUGUUGAAAACUCAGACAAUUUGGAGGUGAAAUUCAGGACAAAAUGUAAAGGAACUGAAGAGAAAGAGACAAACAAGUGUGAGAACUUGGCCAUUGGAGAAUCUGUGGAUUUCAGUGUGACAGUGGAAGUGAAGAGUUGUCCCCCCAAAGGUGAAGAGGAGAGGACCCUCAGGAUCAAACCAGUCGGACUGUAUGAUGAUUUGACUGUCAAACUGAAGCUCAUGUGUCAGUGUGACUGCGAGUCCCCAAAGCAAAUGGAGGACAACAAGAACCACGAGAAAUGUAAUGGAAACGGGACGUACGUGUGUGGAAUGUGCGUGUGUAACGAGCCGUACUUUGGAGACUAUUGUGACUGUGACAAGGGCACCGGGACCAUCGCUGACAAGGAGUCUGAGUGUAUCCAGGACAAGAACACGACCAUCAUCUGUAACGGUCGGGGAGAGUGUAACUGCGGAACGUGCACGUGUCGGGAGCGACAGAAGGGCACCAACCACUUCUACACAGGCAGAUACUGCGAGUGUGAUGAUUACAGCUGUCCCUACUAUGCUGGGCUGAUCUGUGGAGGUCUGGGUCGCGGACAGUGCGACUGUGGAAACUGUAAGUGUAACGCCGGUUUCAAUGGCACGAACUGCGGAUGUAACACCGACAACUCUACCUGUAUGUACAAUGGAUUGCUGUGUAAUGAUAAAGGAACUUGUGAGUGUGGCAAGUGCACAUGUACUGAUCCUAAGUACUUUGGACCCCAGUGUCAGGAAUGUGAUAACUGUGGCCAGGAGCAAUGUCGUACCCACCAGGACUGUGCGCUGUGUAACAGAACCAACGCCGGGGUACUGACCAAGGAACAGUGUGAAAAAGAGUGCUCCCAUACCACUGCCGUCGACAAAAUCAGAAAUGGCAUCACUAAUUGCGAGUACGUAGACCAGAACGGCUGCUUUAUUUACUUUACCUAUUUCUAUGACGAUGAUGGCACACUGAGGGUAGAAGUCCAAAAAGAGCCAGAGUGUCCCCCCGAGGUCAAUGUCCUUGCCAUAGUCCUGGGGGUGAUAGCUGGCAUCGUGUUCUUUGGGAUUAUACUCCUCCUGAUUUGGAAACUAUUCACCACCAUCAGUGAUAAAAGAGAGCUGGCCAGGUUCGAAAAGGAGGCCAUGAACGCCCGAUGGGAUACGGGAGAGAACCCAAUCUAUAAAAAAGCUACUUCCACAUACCAAAACCCGGUGUACGGAAAGAAGUGAAGGCCGGCUCUCGUGCCAUUCGUAUCAUAAUAUGUUCGUCAUGUUAGCAUGUACCAAAGAUGAUAGAUAGAUAGAUAGACAGAUAAUGUACUCAUUAAACAAAUCUCAAACGAUUCUGCAUUACAGGGAGAAAAUCCUAUCUACAAGCAGGCUACAUCCACCUUUGUCAACCCCACCUACAGGCAGUGAGAACCCUCUUUUACAGCAGAGGGGGGAAAUCAAGAACCCAGAACAGACAUGGAGAUUAUAACAUGCAGCUAGGCAGGAAUAAAAAGAAAGCGAAAAAAAAUGUUUCCCCGAAAACUUUAAGUGUUACAAACAUUUUUAUUUAUUUAUUUUGGUAGCAGCCGGGUUAGUAUAGUAGAUGUUUAUUGAGGGAUGGUGUUUGUUUGUUUUUGUUUAUUUUGUUUUGUUUUUUAGGAGGGAGGAAAUGGGAAAAACUCUUAACAAUUACUAUGCUUACUCUUACUCGAAGCAUAAAUUGAGCAUCAUGAAGUGGGUAGCAUGAUACUAAUCAUUAAUACUGCAUGACAAGUAGACUUCUUUCUUAUUGACUUAAUUAACUUAACAUGUAACUUUCUCUAAAGUUUACUCACUUUACUUUAAUGGGUGUAAUUAAUAAAGAC